AUGCGGAGGUACGGAGUACGGAAACGCCUUUACCGCUACCGGGGGUUGCAGAGACACUUCUUUGUGCUGCGGACACUAGUGAUGGCAAAGGGCAACCAACUUGUUGGCGGUCCCUAUUCAGCUGCCCUGGGGCCAUGGCAGCCAUCUGGCCCUGAGGAGAGCCAUGGCAACAAGGCGCGCGAGGAGGUGCGCCAGCUGCGGCACAAGCUGGAGGCGCUCACCAAGGAGCUGACGGGCCUCAAGCGGGAGCGCCAGGAGGUGCUCAACGAGAACGAGCAGCUGGGCAAGGAGGUGGCGCGCCUCAAGGGCCACGAGAAGGAGGUGGACAACCGGGUGGCCUCCGAGAAGGAGAGCGAGGCUGCCCCCGAGCAGGAGCCCGUGCGCGAUGUGGGCUCCGACAAGAUGGCCAAAAGCAAGGAGUUUGAGCUGAUGGAAAACAUCCUGAAGAGCAAACAGGACGGGUCGGAGUGCUGGGAGCAGCGGAGCGCCGUGAGCGUGCGGACCUCCUUCACCCGGCCGGAGAGGAGCCGCCUGCUCUGGGAGGACGUGAGCACCGUUGAGGAGGACGCCACCAAAGUGACCGCCCUGAAGCUGAGGCUGGACGAGUCCCAGAAAGUGCUGCUCAAGGAGCGGGAGGACAAGCUGGCGCUCAGCAAGAGCAUUGAGAAGCUGGAGGGUGAGCUCAGCCAAUGGAAAAUCAAGUAUGAGGAGCUGAACAAGAACAAGCAGGAGGUGAUGAAGCAGCUGAACAUCCUGAAGGAGAUCCACCAGGACGAGCUGGGACGCAUCUCAGAGGACCUCGAGGACGAGCUGGGCGCUCGCUCCAGCAUGGACAAGAAGCUGGCGGAGCUGCGCACAGAGAUGGAGCGGCUGCAGGCGGAGAAUGCAGCCGAGUGGGGCAAGCGGGAGCGCCUGGAGACGGAGAAGCUCAACCUGGAGCGGGAGAACAAGAAGCUGCGGGCACAGAUCGAGGACCUGGAGGAGGUGCUGGCCCGGAAGCGGCGCCAGACGGCCAGUGCCCUGGACACCGACCUCAAAACCAUCCAGGCUGAGCUCUUCGAGAAGAACAAGGAGCUGGCUGACCUGAAGCACGUGCACACGAAGCUGAAGAAGCAGUACCAGGAGAAGAUGGCCGAGCUGGCCCACGCCAACCGCCGCGUGGAGCAGCACGAGGGCGAGGUGAAGAAGCUGCGCUUGAGGGUGGAGGAGCUGAAGAAGGAGCUGGCCCAGGCCGAGGAUGAGCUGGACGAGGCCCACAACCAGACGCGGAAGCUGCAGCGGUCACUGGACGAGCAGACGGAGCAGAGCGAGAACUUCCAGGUUCAGCUGGAGCACCUGCAGUCCCGGCUGCGGCGGCAGCAGAACCCGCCGCUCUUUGGCAAGAUGCUCAGCGCCCGCUUCGGCCCCGACGACCCGGGAGACGGCACCAGCGACCCGGACGAGGACGAGGACCUGCAGAUCCAGGUUCCCUAG